GUCCACGCAGCCCUGGGACGUGGUGAUCGUGGGCGCCGGCUUGGCAGGGCUCAGCGCCGCCCGGUACCUGCGGGAGAGAGACGCGCAUCUCCGAGUCCUGCUCCUUGAAGGGAAAGGUGUCUCUUGUCAUGGUGUUUCCAUCAGUGGCAAGCUGUGCCAACACAAAUAUCCCCCAGCCUGGCUCUUGUGGCAAUAAAGACUGAUCCUGACACCCCGUCCUCUUGCAGAUAGGGUGGGGGGCCGGACAGUGACUUUGCAGGUUCCAGCUGCCCAAGGCGAUGACUCCUGGGAUUUUGGAGGACAGUGGGUGUCCAGCUCACAGACCUCCGUCAUGGAGCUGAUACAGGAGCUGGGGUUGGAGGUUUACCCACAAUACACCACAGGGAAGAAGGUGUACCACAUGGGAGGCUCGCACGCACCCGUCCGCACCUACACCGGCAGCAUCCCCUCCCUGCCCCCACUGGCCCUCCUGGACCUCACUCAGGUCAUGUGGAAGAUUGACAGACUCUUGCAGACAGUUUGCGUGAAGGACCCAGUCUCUGCUCCCAGAGCCCUGGAGUAUGACAGCAUGACUCUGCACUCCUUCAUUGAGAAAAACGUCUGGACCCAGAUGGUGAAGGAGUUACUGGAGCUCAGUACCCGCUCUGUGUUUGGGAUGGAGCCGGCACAGAUGUCCUUUCUGUACUUCCUCAUGUACUGCGCUGCGGCUGGGGGGACCCUGCGCUUGCUGGAGACAACCCCUGGUUCUGCCCAGGAGUUUCUCGUUAAAGGGGGCACCCAACAGCUGUGUGUAAGGCUGGCAGAGUUCAUUGGAUGGGACAAUGUGCGGCUGGGCUGUGCUGUCAAGGCAAUGCGGCAGUAUCCUGACGGUAUCCAGGUCCACACCGCCUCGGACUCCUUUGACUGCAAAGCCGUCAUCGUGACCUGUCCUCCUCACCUGGCAGCUCAGAUUGAGUAUGACCCUGCCCUACCCCCGGAGAGACAGAGACUCACACAGAACAUGCCAGUGGGUCACAUGAUCAAGUUCAUCGUCACCUACUCCACAGCAUUUUGGCGAGUGAAAGGCUUCUCAGGGGAGAUGGCGGUCCAGCCUUCAGAAGAUUGUCCCGUCUGCGUUACGUUUGACUGCACCAGCCCCCACGGAAACCCCGCUCUGGUGGGUUUUAUUGCUGGCAAGCAGACCGCUGAUUGGAACCAUCGAACGGUGGAGGACAGGAGGGAGGCAGUGAUCCGAAGCCUAGCUAGAUAUCUGGGGCCAGAGGCCUUUCAUUUCAUUCACUAUGCAGAGAAGGACUGGGCCAAAGAGGAUUACAGUGGAGGGUGUCCAGUCAAUGUCAUGAUGCCUGGGAUGUUGACGUACUACCACCCCAGCCUUCGUAGACCAUGUGGAAGGAUCUACUGGGCAGGCACCGAGAGCGCCACCUUCUGGUGCGGAUAUAUGAACGGCGCCGUCCAGUCGGGCCGGCGAGCUGCCCUGGAGGUACUGGAGCGACUGUCACCUCACCUGCUGUCCCAGGAUGAGCUGGGUGAGGCCCGGGCUUCUGCUGCCAGCCCUCCCCAUAGCCGGGGGCUUCCCCCCCCUAGCCGACAUCCUGUUUAUUUUGCCACGGCUGUGGUAGCUCUGGGAGUUGCCCUCUUCCUGGCCCGGCACGGUGGGUGGCACGCAGCGAUUGGCCAGGUCUCAGCCUUCCUGCAGAGUGUUGGCUUGGCUCAGCUCUUGAACGGGCUGAAGAGAUGAAGGCGGUGAAGCUGGCAGUUUCAGAUGUGUGGUAGAAGGUACCGCCAGGCUCCAGUAGGGGGCAGAGCUUAUUGGGACACACACGCAUCUUUGAAGGGGUUCUAAUACCACCUCUCUGCCCCAAGCUACAAACAGUAUAAAAUAAUCAUGAGUCUGUAGUUUAGUUUGUCUUGUAAGAAGGAAAGAGCAAAGGAAAGCAGCACUGCGCAGAUUGUUCCUGUUCUUGUAUAAAUAAAGCUAAAUAAAGCUCUUAUAACCGUU